AUCACAUAAGUUCCUGUAAUAGGUGAUGAGCCAUCUCGUUUAAUUGAAGUAAGGAUGUCGUACAUGUUUAAUAGUUUUUGGAGACCAUGAUUCCCCUUUCCUUCCGCCUUGAAUAACCGGAAACAUUUCAUGAGGAUAGACAAAAUGUCAGGUUUAAUUUCAUUCACACGUUUUACUGACUACGGCGCUUAUUUCUCACUCCCCCUGCCCUUCAGCGUGUACCUAGGCGUUGCAGUUGCCGCCCUUGGAAUUUUGCUGUGCAUAUUUGUUGGAAUUGCGAACGGUAUUAGAAGAUGUUUCACAAGAGGGACAAUGCCGAUGUCCACUGAUGAUUUCUCCAGUACUCGCCAUAUUAUGGACGUCGAGAUGACAUACUCACAUUCAACAAAACACAAACAAUUUUCUCAGCGACCGGGGAACCUGUCAGUACGAGAUGAGCGGAGUUCCCAUGGAUACGCAGACAUUGAUGACCUUGACCCAGAUGAUUAUGAAAAUGUCAAAGAGAGGCUAAGUGACACAGAUUCUGACGAUUAUGAAAAUCUCAGAUCAGGAAUAUGAAAUCUUACUGUUCAAAAGUGCUUCAAACGGAAUGUCAGUACGACCGUUCUCAAUAGGACGGUGAUAACAAACAAUUUAAUUGAAUCUUAAUACUAGUGGUUUAUGUAAACACAAAUGCAGAUAUCACUGCAGAAAAUGUCAUUUUUUAAUUGUAAAUGUUUUGACUGUCAAAAUCGUAUCAAUUUUUUUUUUUUACAAAUAAUAGCUUUAGCAAAAUGUACAACAUUUUGUGUAUAUUUUCAAGAGAGUUUUGUUUGCUUAAGAUACAAUAAUUGCAAUGUUUUAUUCAUUGGUUUGUAAAUUGAAAAACAUGCUUCUAUCCUUACUCCACUUUAUGGGUAAAACACAUGAAUAAAUAUAAAUGACGAAAUCACUGUUACCUGAUAGAUUGGUAUCACUUAAAUAAAUAUUUCCCUUAUUUUCUUUGUAAUAUAUAUUAAAAGAUAUUUUUGAUUUUAAUUAUUUACCUGUUAUUAAUCAUUCUAACAUUAAUUUGCAAACCUUAUUGUAUAUUAUAAGCUUUUAGGAAUUGACGGGAAACUUUUUUAAAAUCUGGACUAAAUGAUAGUUCAAUGAUAAAGAAAUGAUGAAAAUUAUGCAGGUAUACGAUAUGCAUAUAAAAAUUUGGGGGUUCUGAUUGCUUUUGUUUUGGAGCAAUUUUUCACCUUUCUAUAUAUUUUUUUUUAAAUAUAGUGUAAUCACAUAUUAAUUUUUUGUUAUCAUAUGCUGUUCUUAAAUGUCAUCUUCCCAUCAAACAGUUGUUCUUCGCUCAAGAUUUGUUUGAGUUGACUUGCAAGCUAAAAAGACGAAAAUAA